GUCCUUAUUUAUUUUCUCGACGAAGGAAGAAGGCCUGAGUUGCACCCUUUGAUUUCCUCCUUUCCCCCUUUUCCGUGUUAUCGUAAUUAUUUGAUUUUUUUAUUUUGUCACGCGGUUCGGUUCGUACAAAUGAUACCUCGUUCGACCCUGUCCCAGCUUUAGAGAUAACUCAUCUCUUUCGCUUAUACUCCCAGUCACGUGGUUUGACGAAGUCGCCCGUACGAUCACAAUGGAUGUUGACGACGUCGAAGCGGGAGAUCGUUGUCAGCAGAAUGGAGGAUCGGGUGAUCCCACGAUGCUUCUCGACCAUGUCCAUAACAGCGAUAACAGAAGGCAUUUCGGGAAUGACCAAUUAUCGGCUCUUCAGAAGAAAGCGGCAUCGGACUCGCCUGAAGAAACAGCAUGGCUCUUGAACAUCUUCAUCAACGAUACACAAGAUGAACUGUACAAAUGCGAGUUCCUCCAAUACGUGCCGAGCAUUGCGGUCAUCCUUUCAGAGGAGCCCAACAACCACGGCCGUCUCAAGUCCCUGAUAGAGUCCCACCUCCUUCCGACCGUCGCCAGCAGUCUCGUCUAUUCCAAUAUAACGGUGACCAAAGCCGGGGAAACAGCUCUGUUGGCCCUCCUUGAGCAUAAUCUCAUCAGACAAGAAUAUAUUUUGUCGGAUAUAUGGCCUAUCCUGGAGGAGAGUUUGAGCCAGCCUAAAGCUAACUAUGGAGCUGGCAAUGCAAUCAAGUUAAUGAGCAAAAUGGCACCAUGGCUUGGUAGCGAGACCAUUGGGCGUCUGCUGAUUCCUGUGCUCAAGAACAUGUCAACUGACUCUGAUGCCACCGCUAGAAAUAUUUGCGCAUCACAUUUUGGAGAUGUCUGCGCAAUUGUUCAGCCGGAGGUCAUUGAAACAGUUUUGAUUCCAAGUUUUUUAGCCCUCUGCCAGGAUUCAGAGUGGAUGAUCCGAAAGUCCUGUGCCGAGUCAUUCACUCCUGUAUCGUGCGUCGUAUCCUCUGAGACCAGGAAGAAUAGUUUAGCACCAGCGUUUGCCAACCUUCUGAAAGAUAAGAUGCAAUGUGUGAGAGUUGCCGCCUUCUUAAGUCUGGGCCCUUUUAUUAUCACAUUUGCUGAGCCGAGCAUAGUAUCUCUUGGCUACUGCCAGUUUGGCGAUCUAGUUCUCAAGUAUAAGGAUGGCUAUGAAUUCAAUUUGAAUUCGGCGAAAUCCAAACACCCUCUUCUCAUACAAGACCAAACAGUUGAAGAUCAUAUUAAAAAUCUUGAAAUGGUUUUCUCAUCGGUAGGAUUUUUGGACAUAUCGUUAGGAAUGGUGGAUUCUGACGUAUGCAGCUUUAACACAUUCUGGUUGGAUGGUUACAACAAUGCGCAAGGAUCAACUGGCCCUCUGAAAAGUGGAUUAGGUUACAAAGAUCCUGAGAAUGAACUUUACAACCAAUUUCAAUAUUGGAGGGACCCACUACCUAAUAUUGAUAAUGAUCUUGGUAAUGAAUCAAUAGAUAAUAACAAUCCUUCAUCUCCUAGCUGCUUAGAUUUCCAAAUUAGCCAUUCACCUCAGUCCAACCUGUGUUCUUCUAUUACGCGUAAAUUACGAUCAUUGGAUUACCAUGAAGUUGAGAAAUCGCAAAAAGAAUCAGAAAAGGAAAAUGGAGACCAAGAAAUAGUACCAAGCGACCUUUUACACCAUUUUGUCUCCAUGUCUAGUGAACCGUAUAGAGUCAUAUACAACACUGCCAAACAUUGCGCGUAUAACUUGCCUGCGGUCGCUCUUACCCUUGGACCAAAGAACUGGGACUUGAUCAAGGCUGCAUGCAAACAUCUGGCAACAGACACUCAGUGGAAAGUUAGGAAAAUAAUAGCAAGUAGUUUACACGAGUUGGCUGAACUAAUCGGAGAAGAGUUGACUACUCGGGACCUUGUACCUAUUUUUAAAGACUUCAUCAAUGAUGUGGAUGAAGUGAGGAUAGGUGCACUCAGACAUUUAGCACAAUUCCUCAAGUUGUUGAGGCCUGCAGUGCGUAAUACAUUAUUACCUAGGCUAGUAUACUUUCAAAAAACGGAUUACAAACGCUACUGGAGAUUCAGGCAGGAGCUAGCCGAGCAGCUUCUUCAGAUUCUCGGGCUGUUUUCACCGGCUGAUACAUGCCACCAUUUAUCCCCUAUAGUGCAGUCUCUCCUGCUGGACAGGGUGGCUGAAGUGCGUAAGGUCUCGCUUCAUCUCGUCACCGAGCUGGUUUCACACGUUUCGAUCGAUGUUAAUCUCCUGCGAUCGCUCUUGGCCGAACUGGCCCAGCAAUUCGCUCAUUCGCCAAGGUGGAACCGGAGGCAGAUAUUCGCACUUUUCUGUUCUCGUCUCAUUUCCGAGAGCGUCCUCUCAGGUGAUAUGUUCGCCAGGGAUGUACUACCUCAUCUCCUUGAUCUCUCUUGGGAUCGUGUACCCAAUGUCAGGCUAACAGUCGCUAGAACUCUCGCCAACGAUAUAAUACCCCAACCUUAUUUUUCUGACUGUUCAAAUCCUCACCAUGAAAUAUUGUUAUCCACAUUGAAGAGGUUACAGAGUGAUAAAGAUCGUGAUGUCAAAUUUUUUGCAUGCCAAGCGGUGAUAUCGCCACAGACCGACCCGACUGUAUAGUGAGUUCUGUGGGCUGUUAUCAUUACACGGGAUAAAUUUCAUCGUUGUUUCAAUGAUGGAACUUGGUUACCUCUAGAUAUGCUGUGGAGGAGGUGAUUGCCAGUGUAAAGCGAUUUUUUUUUUUUUUCUUUUUUAAUGUGAGCAACCGAUUGUAACAAUGGACUGCCCGGCUAAAGGCUGUUGAGUGUGUAUCGAGUGAAGGCAGUUUUUAAAAAUUAUUGUUCUUUAAAUAUAUUUUUAUUUGUAUACAUAAGUUAAGUAAAUAUUGUAUAUAUAUUGUUUUUCCUUCUGUGUACAGUAAAAUUUGUAUGAACAUGAUUUCAUGAAUAUUAAUUUUGUAUUUGUUGAAU